GCGCGCCAAGACCGCGACUACACCCUCUGCCAGCUGCAGCGGCACUGAGCAAAACGCGGGCUCGUACGCGGCGAGGAGCAAAACAGACGCUGGCAUUCGUCGCCCAAGUGUAGCACUGGAGCACUCACGCGCGUUGCAGCGCCCCGCGGCACGGAUGCUGCCGUAGCGCAGCCAUGCGCAUGGCCAUAGCCGCGCUCGCCACGGCGGCGCGCGCCGCGGCACCCAUAAAAGCGCCGCCGGCGUCGCCGCUCCAGCCCUUCACCGUGCGCGGCCGCUCUGUGUUAGUCAAGCGCGACGACCGCUACGCCCUACCUGGAGUUUUAUCGGGCGUCGCCGGCAACAAGGCGCGGAAGCUGUACGGGCUGUACAAGCGCGGUUUUGGGGAUGCGGAGGCCGUGGCCUCGCUAGGAGGCCACCAGUCGAACGCCUUCCCGUGCAUCGCGGCGUUGUGUCGGGCCUUCGACCUGCCCUUCUACUUCGUCUGCAAGCCGGUGCCGCGGUGGCUCCGCCAAAACCCGGCGGGCAACUACGCUAGGGCAUUGGCGCUGGGGGCCGAGCUCGUUCCUUUGAAACCUGAUGAUUACCGGCGGUGUAUUGCUGAUCCUGAAUGGCGGGCCGAUCUCCUGAAGGACGUCGCGGGCGUCUCAGAGGUCGCGUGGGUGCCGCAGGGAGCGGCGUCGCGCGACGCGGAAGCGGGCGUCGCCAUGCUCGCCGCGGAGCUUGUUGAUGACUUGAAAGAGUAUGCAAACGCGCGCGUCGUCGUCCCCGCGGGAACGGGCACGACGGCCCUGUUUUUGGCGAGGCAUUUGCGCGACGCGGACGUCGAGGUCUGCGCGGCGCCCUGCGCUACCAGUUCUAUCGAAUUGAAGCGCCAGAUGACUCUGUUGGACGACGCCUCGGGUUCCAUAGGCGCGUUUCCCACUAUCCUUGGGGCGCCGCCCUACCGCUUCGGCGCGCCGGAUAAACGCGUUUUGGCGACGUGGCGCGAGCUGGCAGCGUCAGGACUCCACGUCGACUUGGUCUAUGCGCCGGCGGCCUUUGAGACGCUCUUACAAACGGUGGACGACCGGCCCCAGUGCUACGUGCACUGCGGGGGCAACGCCGGCGUCGCCACCCAACUCAAUAGGUACCGCCACGCAGGAUUAUUAGGAGUAAAAGAGAUAGAAUAAUCAACUUAGAAG